AUGGCCGACAAAAAGCCCAAGGAAGGAGUCAAGACUGAGAACAACGAUCGAAUUAGUUUGAAGGUGGUGGGGCAGGAUGGUUCUGUAGUGCAGUUUAAGAUUAAGAAGGAUAGGGGCACCUGGCAUACACCACUUAAUGAACUAAUGAAAGGCUAUUGUGAACGACAGGACACACCUGCACAGUUGGAAAUGGAGGCUGAGGAUACAAUUGAUGUGUUUCAGCAGCAGACAGGAAAUGACCGGGAUGACAAGGUUAACGAAAACAGUACCGGUAACAACAGAGCCCAAGGUGCCGAUCCUGAAGACAACGCAACUCGGCGCAGGCCGACGGCGAAACAGCGCCUCUCGCCGGCGGCAAACCUGCACGGGAAACACCGACAGGAAGAGACCCGGGGCGAGAACUACAGCUCCCACUGA